GGGCCUGUGAAAAUUUUCUAAGAAUUCUGGCGCUGCCUCUUGUUGCUGUUUUCGGUCUCUUCCUGUUGUCAUGGCAACUGUCGACCAUCACGGAGCCAGGAAUCAUCCAGGGACACACGGGGCAGUAAGAUAUCCUCAGCCUUUAGGUGGUCCAAGUGUGACGAACAGCGGGAAGACCACUCUGACUGACAGCCUCCGCAAGGCUCUGCCCAACUGCUGCGUGAUCCACCAGGAUGACUUCUUCAAGCCCCAAGACCAAAUAGCUGUUGGGGAGGAUGGCUUCAAACAGUGGGACGCGCUCGCGUCUCUGGACAUGGAAGCCAUGCUGGGCACUGUCCAGGCCUGGCUCAGCAGCCCCCAGAAGUUCGCCCGCUCACAUGGGGUCAGGGUGCAGCCCGGCGCCCCCGAUGUCCACAUCCUGCUGCUGGAAGGCUUCCUGCUGUACAGCUUCAGGCCCCUGCUGGACUUGUACAGCCGCCGGUACUUCCUGAGGGUCCCCUACGAGGAGUGCAAGUGGCGGAGAAGCACCCGCAGCUACCCGGUCCCCGACCCCCCCGGGCUCUUUGAUGGCCACGUGUGGCCCAUGUACCAGAAAUACAAGCGGGAGAUGGAGGCCAACGGUGUGGAAGUGGUGCAGCUGGAUGGCACACAGCCCCGAGACGUGCUCUUCCUGCAGGUCCUGGGCGACAUCCAGAAUUCACUGCUCAACCAGGAGUCCAGCCCCAGGAUGGCCAGUCCUGGGCAAGCAGCCAGCCACUGUGUGGCCACGUCCCCUCUGGGGACGUCUCUAAAGAGAGUGUGAGCGGUGUCGUGAGGCUCUGGGAUCCCAAUGCCUUUGUAACCUCUCUGCAGCU